UGAGUAUAAAUUUGAACAACAGACAGAAUAUAAAUUUUAAACAUUUUCUAAUUUCAAUCUCAAAACUACCCAACCAAAACAAUCAUCACUUUUUCACACACACACACAAACUAACUAUAAAACACAGAGAAUAUCCAAACUUUUUGCACAAACUUUUUCUUUCAUAUGACAAACAACCAUAAGAGAUCAUUUCUUCCUAUGUUCUUCCUCUUACAUCAAUCUUUGUCUUAGAAUCUUCAAUGGCAAUCAUCUUCAUCCAUUCUUGCCAUUUGAUCAUUCUUUUCAUCUCAAUUCUUCCAUCCAUGGCUGCCCCAGGCAGCCCCCCCGAGUCCCGCCUUCUUUCGACGGCGAAAUCGGGACUCGUCGACCCGACCGGAGCCCUCGAAACAUGGCGCCAAGAAGACACCAUGUGUACAUCUUGGUAUGGAGUUUCUUGCACACUUGACAAGAAUCAUGUUUUAGGACUAAACUUGUCUGGAUUAGGACUCUCCGGGAAGAUCCCUCGAGAAAUCUUCCGUUUGCCGUUUCUUGAAACGUUCGAUUUGUCCUCCAACUCAUUAACAGGCCCCGUCCCGCCGCAAAUCGGCUGGCUCCGAAACCUUAAAGAAUUGCUUCUUUUCUCGAACUCUUUAUCCGGAACCAUCCCCGAUGAAAUCGGGCUUCUGAAGAGUCUCCGAGUGCUCCGGAUCGGCGAUAAUUUUCUCACGGGAAACAUCCCUGCGAGCGUCGGGAACCUCGCCGAAUUGACGGUGUUGGGACUCGGAUAUUGCGAACUCAACGGAAGCAUACCGGAGGAAAUCGGGAAGCUAAAGAAACUUGUGUUUUUAGACUUGCAAGAGAAUAGCUUCUGCGGCGAGAUCCCCGACGCGAUCGGCGGCUGCGUCGAGCUUCAGAACGUUGCUGCGUCGAACAAUAAGCUCGAUGGGAACAUUCCAGGCUCGAUCGGAAAUCUCGAAUCGCUUCGGAUUCUGAAUUUAGCCAACAACACGCUUUCUGGACCGAUCCCUGUCGAGACGACCCGAUUGGCGAAUCUUCAGUACCUUAACUUGCAAGGGAACCAGCUCGGUGGCGAAAUCCCGACGCAGAUUAACGACAUGGUCGAGCUUCGGGUUCUCGACCUGUCGAGAAACAACUUUUCGGGGAAAAUCGCGCUUCGCAAUUUGAAGAACCUCGAAUCAUUGGACCUUUCGGAUAAUCGACUCACGGCGAUUGUUCCCGGCAGCUUAUGCGUCGAACACGCAACGUUAACGCAACUUUUCUUAGCUCGAAACGACAUAUCAGGCGACUUUCCGGUCGAGAUAUUGAACUGCACAUCGCUGCAGCAGUUAGACCUGUCCGGAAAUAACUUCGGCGGCACCCUGCCGAGGACCCUCGACCGGCUGACGAACCUCACCGAUCUCCUGCUUAACAACAACAGCUUCAUCGGGACGAUCCCGCCGGAAAUCGGGAACGUGACGAACCUUCGGAGCUUGUUCCUCUUCGAUAACAUGAUUACGGGUUCGAUCCCGCGCGAAAUCGGGAAGCUCCGGAGCUUAGUUUAUCUAUACCUUUAUGACAAUCGGAUGUCGGGAAGUAUCCCGCGAGAGUUAACUAACUGCACGGCGCUGGAAGAGAUCGAUUUCUUCGGUAACCAUUUCUCGGGAUCGAUUCCUCGAUCCAUCGGAAAGCUCUCGAACUUGAAGAUCCUCCAGCUAAGGCAAAACGAGCUUUCGGGCGAAAUUCCGUCGUCGUUAGGACAAUGCCGGAGGCUCGAACGUCUCGUCUUAGCCGAUAAUGUCCUGUCCGGGUCACUGCCGCCGACGCUCGGUUUUCUUACCGAGCUUUUCCUCGUAACUCUUUACAACAACUCGCUUUCUGGCUCGCUCCCCGACUCGUUCUUCCACCUCAAAAACCUAAGCAUUGUGAACUUCUCGCAUAACCGGUUGCACGGUAGCGUCGCGCCGCUCACGGGAUCGAAAUCACUAACCAUAUUGGACUUGACGAACAAUAGCUUCUCCGAUGCCAUCCCGUCACGGCUUUCUAUGUCGGAAAACCUUAGACGCCUCCGCCUCGCGCAUAAUCGUAUCUCCGGGAGCGUCCCGCCCGAGUUUAGCCAGAUGAAGAACCUCGAAUUCCUCGACUUGUCGUAUAACGACAUGACAGGGGAGCUCGUGAACGAAGAAUUUUCGGGAUUUACGAAGCUCGGACACCUUCUUUUAAGUAAUAACCGACUCUCCGGCUCAAUCCCCGCGUGGUUGGGAAGAAUCAAAGAAUUAGGCGAGCUCGACCUCUCGUCGAACAAUUUCACCGGAAAAAUCCCAUCAGAACUCGGAAACUGCUCGAGAUUACUCAAGCUUUCACUUCAUAACAACCGCCUCUCGGGCUCGAUCCCGUCGGAGAUCGGCAAUCUCGACAUGCUAAACGUCUUGAACCUACAACGCAACGAUCUCUCCGGCCACAUCCCCGCCGCGAUACAAAAAUGCAAGAAGCUAUACGAUCUCCGUCUCUCCGAAAACAACCUAACCGGCGCAAUCCCGACGGGAAUCGGCGUAAUGACUGAACUCCAAGUGAUUCUCGACCUAAGCUUCAACGACCUCUCUGGCGAAAUCCCAACGUCGAUCGGAGAACUCGUGAAGCUCGAAAGACUCAACCUUUCGUUCAACGAUUUGAGCGGGAAAAUCCCGGGAUCGAUACAAAAGUUGUCAAGCCUCCAUCGACUCAACCUAUCGGGGAAUCGUUUCGAGGGCGAAAUCCCGUCGACAUUGGCGAACUUUCCGCGGAAUUCUUUCCUUAACAACGAGCUUUGCGGCGCGCCGCUCGUUUCUUGCUCGGGGUCGUUAGGACGUCCUGGGAAAUGGAUGUCGGAGUCGCAAGUGGCCGGGAUCGUCGUGGCUAUCGUAUUCACAUCGACUUUGCUAUGCAUGUUCAUGAUGUACGUGAUGCUUAGGAUGUGGUGGAAUUGGCGAAACGUCGCGGUUUCUUGCGAGAAUAAGAUCGACAAAAUUGUCGACGACGAGGAAUGGGUUUGCGGAGACGAGGCGUUCAAGAGCAGCGAUCAUCGGUUCUGGAACGAGAACUCGACGGCGCUCGUGCCGUCCGAGACGAGACUCGUCGUCUCGGAUUCGACGCGGAUUUUUCAUUACAAGUUCAAGUUGAGCUCGAGCAGAAGUAAGAACAACGAUGUAUAGUAGGAUAGUUUGAGGAUUUUUUGUUCGAUUUUUUUGUGUCUUCCAUUGAUCGAUGAACGUUUUGUGUUUUUUAUGUAUAGAACAUUAGGAUAAAGUAGAAUGAUUCAACAUAUUAGAAAAAAUUCUCAAACU